GUUUAAACCAUCUGUCCUUUGACCCUGCCAGCAGCAGCAAGGCUCUGCAGCUGGGCAGUGCUGCUGGCCCACGGACGGAAAGCCCGGCCGAGAAUGGAAACGAUUUGGGCAAGAAGAGGAAGAGAACGAACGUCCCUCCAGCAGAUGGUGGCCGAAAUCUAAGCCUGGAGUCGGUCCCGAUGGGCCUGCCGAUGUCCGACCCGAGCGCCUGGAGCACUGCCAUGAACAACCUGGGCAUGGCCCCCAUGGGCAUGACGGGACAGCCCCUCCUGCCCGAUUUUGAUCCAGCCCUUGGGAUGAUGACUGGGAUCCCUCCCAUCAACCCCAUGAUGCCCGGCCUGGGGAUCGUCCCACCCCCCAUCCCCCCGGACAUGCCUGCCGCGAAGGAGAUCAUCCACUGCAAGAGCUGCACUCUCUUCCCACCCAACCCACAUCUGCCCCCUCCAGCCACAAGGGAGAGGCCCCCUGGGUGUAAGACGGUGUUUGUGGGGGGGCUGCCGGAGAACGGAACCGAGCAGAUCAUCAUGGAGGUGUUUGAGCAGUGCGGGGAGGUCAUAGCUAUUCGGAAGAGCAAGAAGAACUUCUGUCACAUCCGCUUUGCUGAGGAGUUCAUGGUGGACAAGGCCCUUUAUCUCUCUGGCUAUCGCAUCAGGCUGGGCUCCAGCACGGACAAGAAGGAUACGGGGCGCCUGCACGUGGAUUUUGCUCAGGCCCGGGACGACCUGUACGAGUGGGAGUGCAAGCAGCGGAUGCUGGCCAGGGAGGAGCGGCACCGCCGGCGGCUGGAGGAGGAGCGCUUCCGCCCGCCCUCCCCCCCGCCUGUCGUCCACUACUCCGACCACGAGUGCAGCGUCGUGGCCGAGAAGCUGAAAGAUGACACAAAGUUCUUGGAAGCCAUCCAGACCUUGCUGACCUGGAUCGAGCGGGGAGAAGUGAACAGGAGGACGGCCAACAACUUCUACUCCAUGAUCCAGUCAGCCAACAGCCACAUCCGCCGGCUGGUGAACGAGAAGGCGGCCCACGAGAAGGAGAUGGAAGAAGCUAAAGAGAAGUUCAAACUGGCUCUCUCAGGGAUUCUGGUGCAGUUCGAGCAGAUAGUGGCCGUGUACCAUUCUGCCUCCAAACAAAAGGCUUGGGACCAUUUCACGAAAGCUCAGCGUAAGAACAUCAGCGUGUGGUGCAAACAAGCAGAGGAAAUUCGUAACAUUCAUAAUGAUGAACUAAUGGGUAUUCGAAGAGAGGAGGAAAUGGAAAUGUCGGAUGAAGAAAUAGAAGAUCCAUCAGAGAUGAAAGAAACAGAAGAAUCAGCGCUGGUGUCACAGGUGGAAGCCCUGAAGGAAGAAAACGACAGUCUGCGCUGGCAGCUGGACGCCUACCGCAACGAGGUGGAGCUGCUCAAGCAGGAGCAAGGCAAAGCCAGCAGGGACGAGGACACCACCAAGGAGCAGCAGAUGAAGCUUCUCCAGCAGGCUCUGCAGGGCAUGCAGAAGCAUCUUUUGAAAGUACAAGAAGAAUACAAAAAGAGAGAAGCUGAGCUAGAAAAAGUGAAAGAAGACAAACUGAAAAUAGAAGCAUUAUUGGAAAACCUGAAGGAGCAGCAAAGCACAGCAGAUGAAGAGGACAAGGAGAGAGACGCAAUUGAUUGUCAGGGGAACGAGAGUGGUUCAUCCAGAGUCUGUGCCUGCAGCCAGGAGAAGGAGGGGCCGGUGGAGAAGACAGCGAGCAGUAGCCCUGUGAAAUCCGAACGGGAAGUGCUGUUGGUUGGAAUAAUUUCCACCUUUCUUCACGUGCACCCAUUUGGAGCCAGCAUAGAGUACAUCUGUUCCUACCUCCAGCGCCUCGACAGCAAGAUCUGCACGGCGGAGGUGGAAAUUCUCAUGACUCGUCUCCAGAACACGUUCAGGCAGGAGCUGAGCGGGGUUGGGGCCAGCCUGGAGAAAAGGUGGAAGUUUUGUGGCUUUGAUGGACUGAAAAUGACUUGAGCUUCGACUUGAGGCUGUUCUCAGUGGGAUUCUGUACAACGUGCGCCAGGAAAACCUGGGCAGGCUGGGGUUCCCUCUGCAGUGUCAAUACCUUGCACGCGUCAGGGACUCGGGUGGGGUGAUGUGUCAGUGAAACUCUAAGUCCAGACCAGCACAGGAGGGAACUUCAAGUUCUGUAGCUUCUUUGAUCAGUUAUUUGUUAACGGGCACGUGCUGUUCAAUAUAUUUUGUGAAAAAAGUUCGCGUCUGAUAUUUUUAAGCACAGCGUGUUACGUUUUGCCAAUGUUGUAUGUGUUUUGUGUGCCCAAACCCUCUCAUCCUGUACCCUCUUUUUACUGGUAGAACAGCCAUGGACUGUCCUCUGAGGCAACAACAAAGAGGCAUUUUCUGGUUUCUAGAACCACCAAAAGGAGAGGAAAAAAAAAAGGGCAUUUUUUAGACAUUUCUAUGAUUAAAAACUGGGCUAUGUUUAAAGAGAA